AUGCGUUCGGACCGGCUCGGGCAAUCGCUGUACAUCAGCGGUCUGCUGCUACUGCUGGUGGUCCUACUUGCACCGCCAAUCUGCAUCUGUCUCUCGGAUGGCCCGGCCGAUCAGCCGGCGGCACUCAAAUCGAAACGAUCCGCCAUUAUGAACGAGUUUACGUCGCGCGGCAAAGACCUGCUCCUGACGGUGGUGGACACCAACAGUGUACAGCACGAAGCGACCGGUCCCUCGGGCCGUCAGGCACCGUCGGGCCGGAGCGGGAAGGAUUUGCUCGACGAGUCGUACCAGCGGACGAAGGAGCUGGCGAUGAACAUCUCGGCGGUCCAGCGGGCCGUGUUGGCCUCCCAGCAGGUCCGUCUACAAGCGGCAGCACCGGCGUCACCUGCUACCGGUGGUCGGCAGAAUUCGAACCCGGACAUCCAGGACAUUAUCACCGGGAUUGUGAAGCUGCUCAAUGGGAACGUCAAUGUGCAGGCCAACCCGCAGCCCACACGACGCCACUCGGCCACGCGCAUCAACAACCGCGGUCCGCCGCGCAUUUCCGAGGCCCAGCCCCUGCCGAACGAGUACGACGGGGAGCUGACACCGCCGACAUCCCAGAGGCCGCUACUACAGCCACACGAGCAACCACCGCCGCCGGGUCCAGGGCAUUCCCAAGCUGGCCAGGGCCCCAGACCGGAUCAUCCGCUCGUGCGCCCAUUCCUGACGGGUGUUCCGAUCCCGGAACAGAUUGUACCCUCGAUGCAGCACCCGUACCGGCCCGGUUUUGUGUCUCAGAACCGGCCCCCUUGGCAGCGGCCCAAGCCCCGGCCACCGAUCUCGGCCAACCGGCGACCGAUCCCGCCGUACAAACCGUACCCGACCAACGUAGACUAUCGGCCGGAUGUGGGAGAACCGCAAGGACCUCCGGGGCCGGCGGUUCCUCCGCCACCACCAGCACCACCACUGACCAUCCCCACGUCUGGAAACGAUCCAGGCAACGCGAUUGAUAACGUCACCGAGAAAGUGAUCGAAGAUCCGCCCUACGAAGUGGCGCCCGGUCCAACGACUGAGGCGGACGAAGACGCAACGGCUGUGACCGAAUCGGUGGCGACCCUGACACCGGCGGAAGAGCCGGCCACGGAGGUCCAGUACACGAUCGAGUCGGCCACGAGCGCCGCCAGCACGAUGCCGCCUCCCGGAGCGCACGAUCCGGAGGUGGUGCCCAGCGUUUACGAGAUCAACUCGAUCGAGUAUCUGCCCUCGAGCGGCACCCUGGAGCCAUCGCCGACGACGACAACGACGUUGACGACCACCAGCACGACGACGAGCACUGCGAUCGAUCCAUCGAGCGAUCGGGAUCGGUACGACAUCACUCCAACUCCGACAUUGGGCGAGCACCCGCCAACGACCACACGAACGACUUCGGAAGCGACCUCCACGACCACGACAUCGAUUACACCAACCGCGACCACCGCCAGCCCGGAUGCACCGGCGACGAGCAAACCGACACCGCCGGACUAUCGCUUCCAGCCUCGGCCCGGUCUCGUGCUGGACGAUCCCGACUUCAAACCGGGCGGAAGCGGCGGUGGCGGUGCGUCCGGUUCGAGUAACGUCAUACGCACCCAACACUUGCCCCCGUUCAACAAGCGACCCGAAAUUUACACUGCUCCGGCGCUAGGCGGUGCUAGCGGCGGGUCGAAUGUUCGUCCGAACUACGGUGAAAUCUUCGACGUUACCCUGUCCGCCAUCCAAGGUCCGGGCGGCUCGGGAGCAGCCGGCUCGCAGCAAACGAUCAAGAUCAACCCGUACUACAAUCAGCGGCCCCGUCCGGGCGAGCCGGCUGGCGACGAUGCCAGCAUUAUCCUGUCCGCGUCCGGUACCGAUGGGUUCGUGUCGAUCGAUGGCAAACGCUCGUACAUUGACCUGUUCGGGACGGACAAGAAGACGCUCCGGCCAACGCCAACCGUUCAACCGACGGCGGGGGGCGUGGUGCGGCCAACGGACAUCGUGCGGCCCAAACCAACGAAGGUGCCACCGCUACAGCCAGGCAUCAUCGGCACCGGAUAUGCGGUGCCGGAAACAGAAUCACCGGUUCAUGCGACUGGUGGUGCCGGUGGACUGGCCGGUGGCAGUGCCGGUGGUCCUCCGGUGCAUCGUGGCACCGCCGGGCUCGUACACGGCCAGGGCCGGCCAAAGUAUCCGGCCGGUGCGUUGCCACCGGUCCGCAUCGAUACGUGCAUCGUCGGCGAUGACUCAACCUGCGACCAGGCACAGAACGAACGCUGCCGGACGGAGAACGGAGUGUCGAGCUGCCACUGCCGGCCGGGGUACGCCCGCCGAAAGCACCGCGACCCGUGCCGCCGGAUCGUCUCGCUGAUGCUGUCGAUGCGCGUGGACAAGAUCUACGAGCGGCGCAUCCACUGGGACCCUUCGUUGGCCGACCGGGGCAACGAAAAGCACCAGCAGCUUAGCUACGAGGCCAUCCGUGCGAUGGACUCAGCCAUGUCGAUGACUCCGUUCUCGGACGAGUUCCUCGAAGCACGCGUCAACGGUAUCUACACGAUCAAUCCGUCGUCGGCGGCGGCUUCGUCACCGGGCGGCGGCGUAGUGUACGUCAACUACACCAUCAAUCUGGACGAGAACGCCGAAACGCUACGACCAGCGCUCCGGUCCGACAUCCAGCGCCAUCUGCUGGGCGUAAUCCACCGGCGGAACAACAACAUCGGCAACUCGGCGCUGUACGUCGAAGCGCCAACCGGGGCCGUCUCGAGCGUCCAGGACGUGGACGAGUGCACGUCGGAUGAGCUGAACGACUGCGACGAGGAAGCGCACUGCACCAACCUGUUCGGUACGUUCCGGUGCGAGUGCAACUAUGGUUUCCGGGACCCGUGGGCCGAUCAGCCGCAGCGGGCCGGGCGCGAGUGCCUGACCUGCCCGGAGUCGUACUGCAACAACCGGGGAACGUGCAGCUACGAUAACGCUAACAAUCGGCAGGUGUGCAAGUGUCUCGGCAGCUACUACGGCACACAGUGCGAGAUCGACGGCGAAGUGCUCGGUGUGGCCGUCGGAGCCUCGGUGGCCGCCGUCGUCAUCAUCGUCCUCACGCUCAUCUGUCUGGUCAUGUGGAGCCGCAAGUGGCAACGGGAGCACAAGAACGCCAUGGGCAGCCCGGUGUUUGGGUACCUCGGCAACGGGCAGGUUAAAACGCCGGUCAUGGGCCAGGCGCCGUACCAGGUGACGCUCGAGGAUCGCAUGCGGUGGGCGCAGAUUGCGGACGUAAUGGCUCAAGCGAAUCAUUACGCGGUAAGCUACGAAGCUGAACCCGUCGGAGGCGGACGACCAUCGUCGGCCAUGUUUGGCUACCCGAACCUGCAGACCAUCGGCAGCAUGAACACGCUCUCGCUGCACGGUACUCUGCCGAUGCAUACCGGCACCCUGCCACCAGUUCCGUUGCCCAGAACGCUCGGCUUGCAUCGCAACGGUAUGCGGACGUUGGAAAACUCUAGCUCGAGCGAAGAGGAGGAUCGGGCCGAUCUGCUGGGGCGUAACUUCAACGUACCGCGACCUAAAAGUCGUAGCAAUGCGAGCGUUACGUCCGGUAUCUACUACGACGUAGAUUACGCACCGACCGGCGCUGAGCAGCUGUACGGCGGAGGAGGCAGCACACUCGGGGCCGGGCUCGGAUCGGUGACCGGUGGCCUCGGCCAGGCGGCCAGUGGUACGACCAAAUCGCAAAGCAGCAUACCAAUGAGCACCUACACCUCGAGCGGUCGGCCAGUGCAGUCCACGUACUACAAGUGA